AUGUCUUUCAAUAGCAACAGUACUAGCAAUAAUAAUAAUAAUAAUAAUAAUAAUAACUUUUUUGAAACAUCAGCGUCAAUACACGACACCACUGACCAACAACUAAACACACAACAACAGCAGCAACAAGAUGGCAGUGAGGGAGCUCAACACCAUCCACUCAACCUACCACAUGACAAUGAACAACAUGCAGGCAUGACUGAAAUCGAAUUAAAAGAUUUCACUAAUCUUCGUUCAUCUAGUGGCAGCGUUGGCAGCAGUGCCGGCGGUGGAGGAGGUAGCAGUGGUCAAUUGUCAAAGUCAUCUUCAAUGGUACAAAUCAAAGACCAAUUGGAUGAACAAGAUACUCAAAUACCCCUUUACUACUCAAUGACCAAGGAGAAGCAAAGAAAGAAAAUUUUAAAGUUGCGUUCAAAGUUAAAGAACAAAUUCAAAAACAAGGAUGGUACAACAACAACAACAUCAACAGCCAUUUCACCACAAUCACCAAAAGGUUUUACUCCCAAUAACAACAAAAAGAAAAAGAAGCAAGGGGACGAACCAGUUGAAGUUUCUAACGAUCAUAUGAUUCCAUUAGAAGAACUAUCAACCAAGUUUUCAACCAAUCUUAAUCUAGAUGAUCUCAAGUACAGUAUGGGUAUUACAUCCAAAGAUGCUGAAGAAAGACUUGAACGUGAUGGACCUAAUGCUUUGACACCAAAGAAGCCUGUUCCAAAAUGGGUCAAAUUCUUGCUUCAAUUCCUCAGCUUGUUCCCUCUUAUGUUGGAAAUUGGUGGUAUCCUAUCGUUUGUUGCCUAUGGAGUCGAUAAAGAAAGUGGUAGUGACAAUCUCUAUCUUGGUAUUAUUUUAUGGGCAGUAGUAUUGUUUACUACGAUCUUUACCUUUUUACAAGAAUCCAAAUCGGCUCAUGUUAUGGAUGGAUUUAAAAAACUUGCACCAACAUCGACCAAAGUAGUAAGAGAUUCUCAUUUGAUUGAGAUCAACUCUGAAAAGCUUGUAGUUGGUGAUGUCAUUCACAUUAGAGCUGGUGACCGUAUUCCAGCUGAUAUUCGAAUUAUUUAUUCUCAUCAUUUAAAAGUUGACAAUGCAUCAUUGACUGGAGAGUCUGAACCACAAAGUAGAACUGCCGAAUGUACAGAUGAAAAUGCAUUUGAAACAUCAAACUUGGCAUUUUAUGGUACUAUGGCUGUAGAUGGUGAUUGUGUAGGUGUAGUCAUUGCAACUGGUAACCAAACUACCAUUGGAAAGAUUGCUAGAUUGGCUACUCACACCAAACCAUUACCUACCCCAUUAAAAACUGAAAUUGAACAAUUUAUUAGAAUCAUUACAAUUGUUUCCAUUUCACUUGGUUUAAUUUUAUUGGUUGUUGGUUUUGCCACCAAGGUCAAAUGGAUUCUAGUUAUCAUUUAUUGUAUUUCUGUUGUUGUCGCACAAGUCCCAGAAGGUCUCUUACCAACCAUUACCGUUCUUUUGACUCUGACCGCCACUAGAAUGUCCAAAAAGAAUGUACUCGUCAAGAACUUGUUGGCUGUUGAGACUUUUGGUUCAACCAGCACGAUCGCUUCCGAUAAAACUGGUACCUUGACACAAAACAUCAUGACAGUUGUCCACUUAUGGUACGACGGUGCCGUAUACAGUUGUGAUGCAAUCUCUCCAAACAAUUACAUGAACAAAGAGUCAAAGACCUUUAAGGAAUUGUUCAAGAUUGCUGCACUCUGUAGUAGAACUGUAUUUGAUAGAUCCGAUCCAAACUGGGAUAGCACUCCAAUUCAACAAAGAAAUACCAUUGGUGAUGCUUCAGAAAGCGCCUUGCUCAAGUUUUGUGAACAAGUAGAAAAUGUCGAAGGUUAUCGUAGACACUAUCCAAAGAUUUUCGAAAUUCCAUUCAACUCUGUCAACAAAUGGCAACUCAGUGUCCACAUUGACGAAUCUAAUGGAAAUAUUUUCCUCCUCAUCAAGGGUGCUCCAGAAAGAAUCGUUAAAAUGUGCACAACCAUCAUGAGCGAUGGUGAAUCCAUUCCAAUUAGCGAUGGUCACAUGGAGAAUUUCCAACAAUCCUAUGAAUUAUUGGCUGGUAAAGGUGAAAGAGCUUUAGGAAUGGCAAUGAUUAACCUUGAUCCAAAGGUAUUCCAUAAAGAUUAUGUAUUUGAUGUUGAUGAAAAGAAUUUCCCAACAGAAGGAUUUACUUUUGUUGGCUUGACAACUUUAAUGGAUCCACCAAGACCAAGUGUACCAGGAGCAAUUGAAGAUUGUAAAAAGGCUGGAGUUAGAGUCAUGAUGGUCACUGGUGAUCAUCCUUUAACUGCUCAAAGUAUUGCCAGACAAAUUGGUAUCAUCCAAGGAGAAACUCUCAAUGACGUUGCCAAAAACGAAGGUAUCGAUGUUUUAGAUGUGGACUUUUCAAAGGCUGGAGGUAUAGUCAUACCUGGUUCAAGAUUGGACGAUCUCACCGACGAACAUUGGAACAAGAUUUUGGCAUUAAAACAAAUUGUCUUUGCCCGUACUUCUCCUGAACAAAAGUUAAUCAUUGUAUCAGAAUGCCAAAAGAGAGGAGAAAUUGUAGCAGUAACAGGAGAUGGUGUAAACGAUUCACCAGCAUUGAAAAAGGCAGACUUGGGUUGCGCUAUGGGUAUCACAGGUAGUGAAGUAGCCAAAGAAGCAGCGGCCAUUGUUUUGCUCGACGAUAACUUUUCAUCAAUUGUCAGUGGUAUCGAAGAGGGUAGAAUGAUUUUUGAUAAACUAAAAAAAUCCAUCACCUACACUCUCAGUUCCAACGUUCCAGAACUCACUCCAUUCCUUUGCUUUUUCCUUCUCAAACUUCCAGCCGCCUUGUCAGGUAUCUUAAUUUUGUGUAUCGAUUUGGGCACAGAUCUCGUUCCAGUCAUUUCCUACUCGUACGAAUAUCCCGAAACAGAUUUAAUGAACAGAAAACCUAGAAACAUCAAGACAGACAAAUUGGUUUCCUUCAAGUUGGCUAUUUUCUCAUACGUUUGGUUAGGCUUUGUACAAUGCGCUGCUGGUUUCUUUAACUUUUUCAUGAUGUUUAGAACACAUGGAAUCAGCGCCAGCGACUUGUUUUACACCAGCUCUGACUAUUUCAUGGAUGGUGCCGCCGAUUUUAUGGGUUAUACUGCCGGUCAACAAAUGUCAAUGCUCAAGGAAGCUCAAUCUGCCUAUUUCAUUGCCGUCAUUAUUACAAGAAUGGGUGCAGCUCUGAGUUGCAAAACCAGAACACUCAGUCUUUUCCAACAUGGUUUCAAAAACAUGGUAUUCAACUGUGGUUUAAUCAGUAUGCUUGGUGUUGGACUCAUCAUUGUCCACGUUCCAGGUAUUCAAGAUUUCUUUGGUGCCACAGCCGUCAGCUACAAAUUCUGGCUCUACCCAAUUCCAUUUGCUGUAUUCCUUGUCAUUGUAAAUGAAAUUAGAUUGUAUAUUGUAAGAAGAGAUCCAACAGGUUUGGUUGCUAGAUAUACAUAUUGGUAG